AUGGCACCUGUGAGCCUUCGUUUUCUUGCAUCGCCUUCGUCUGAUACCAGUGAUAUCCCUACAGUGCUUCUUCAAUGUGAUGCAAAGAAGUACAUGUUCAACGCCGGGGAAGGCACAACGCGUCUUUCGGCGCAGUACCGUUCCUCGAAUACACGUGUCGAGCAUUUGUUCCUCACACGGAUCGCAUCCGAGACAAUAGGCGGUGUCCCAGGUCUCUUGAUGACACUAGCUGACGGAGGGCGCAGUGGUGUACAUCUUCAUGGCCCGCCGAAUUUGGAGUAUGCCUUGGCCACGACACGUUUUUAUGCACGACGUGAAUCAAUGGCGGUGCAUACGCACGAAAUGCGGGUGGAUGAGCCGCAUGUAUGCUUUUCGGACGAGCACAUUGAAGUCCAGGCUGUACCGCUUGUCCCAUCUUUGUUAGGCGCAUUGCCCUCGCCGCCGGCGCCGAGUGAUGCGCCAUGGAUACCAGGUCAAGAGCCUUGGCGCUCGGCAGAAUGGCGUCCUAGCGCGUUGCAAGGCGCUGAAGCGCAGCAUUGGUACAAAGCCAUUUUAUCAGAUGCGUGGAAAACAACGCCGACGCCACCGGAGGAGCGGGGAUACGCGCCGUCACGAUCGCCCCAUGCCCUGCCACCUCCAUGGCUGCCGCCAGCGACACAUGGCAGUGAGGCAGGUCGGCAGGUCCCUAUCUUUGCGUACAUUGUCGCCGGCCAAGAACAACGUGGCAAGUUUGAUGCAGCACGCGCCGCUGAGCUUGGGAUCCCACCCGGCCCGGCGUAUGCGCGUCUUACGCGGGGCGAGGAUGUGGACAUUGAGCGGCCCAAGGCAUGGUCAUCUAUGAGCGCGGACGAGCGACAGCAGUGGCUACGACGAAGGAAGAAGGAUGACAUUUCGUCUGUACCUACCGAUACCAUCCGCAUUCACAGUACGGACGUGGUCGGCCCUUCACGGCCAGGCACUGUGUUUGUGUAUUGCCACGUUCCGAGCUCAGCAUACUUGGAAGCGCUGUUGACGGCACCAGCUGCCGCAGCAUUUGCGCCGUACCAAGUCGCAGCAAAUGCAACGUCCCCACCCGAGCAGCGCCGUACACCGCAUGUUAUGCUGCAUGCGACACCGAUGCAUGUGUAUACCGAUGCACGGUACGCUGCAUGGCGGGCCACCUUUGGCCCUGACUGUCAUCACAUUGUUGCAAAUCGGGAGGUGUGUGCUGACAGUCUAUCGUAUACAUCUAGUGCUGUAUCUCUUCUUCGGCUUUCGCAACUGGAUGAGAACGUAUUCCGUGUACCUGGAUACACGACGGAGCCUAAGCAGCAGGUAUCUGAUGCUGUGCCAGUGCAACGACACAUGCUGAUCAACAUGCAGCCGCGCGGAUCGCCUAUGCUUCUGCCGGAGGUGGCGCCUGUAUUUGAUAAGCCGAUCGCGAAGAUGAGCAAUGUCGCGGCGUUGUCAGGCGCUCUAGCGUCCACAUGGCAGACGUACUGUGCUAUGGCCGAUACAGUGCGUUCGCAGCCGCCUGUGCCGCCAGCGAGUGAAGCGGCUGGCCUGGCCGACGAUGUCCAGAUUGUGACUCUUGGAACGGGCAGUUCGGCGCCGUCAAAGUACCGCAACGUGUUGAGCACGCUCCUCUGUCUGCCCGAUGGCGAUGGAUACAUCCUGCUAGACGCAGGCGAAAGCACGUAUUUCCAAUUAGCGCGAUACUUUGGGCCGGGUGAACGUGGUUGGCACGGCGUGGGGAUCGAGACUGUGCUGCGGCAGCUUCGUAUGAUCUUCAUCAGUCAUAUUCACGGCGAUCAUCAUAUGGGCGUCGCGCGACUGUUGCUAGCACGACGCCAACUAGCGCCGUCUCGGCCCUUGAUCUUGAUAUCGAACAACUAUACGCGCUUCUACUUGCGUGAAUACGAUCGAUUGGAGCACCUUGGCCUGCGGGAUGGCAGUGUUCUCACGAUCGACAAUGCGACGUUGGACUGGCGGGAUGGUAUUGAUCCCGAUCCACAUGUGGCUAGAGACAAUGGCACGCCACCUCGUGAUGUAGCAUCGUUGCGGGUGCUGGCGUUGUUGACGCAGUAUUCCCACCUCGCCAGCGUUCGAACGGUUGCCGUGCAGCACCGCGCAAGUCACUGCUACGGCGUGAUCCUCACGCAUCAGCGUGGAUGGUCCAUCGCGUUUAGCGGUGAUACGAUGCCAUGCGACGCGUUGGCCGACGCUGCUCAAGGUGCUACGGUUCUCAUUCACGAAGCCACGAUGCAAGACGAGGAGGCAGAGCUCGCGGCGCAGAAAGGGCAUAGCACCAUCGGACAGGCCUUGCACAUUGCGCAGAAAAUGAACGCGGCGCAUGUCCUUCUCACGCACUUUUCGCAGCGGUACCCGAAGCUGGCGCGGCUCAGCACAUCAGCGAGUGAGAAUGCAAGGCCUGUAGGUAUUGCCUUCGAUAUGACAUGCAUGACCCCGGCCGAUAUACGUCGGAUGAUAGCCGCGCAUCCUGCCAUGGCCUUGGUCCUGGAAGCGGAGCCCCAAGCGGACGACGAGGACGAGGAAAACCAAGGCAAUGAGGCCAAGGCCAACACCCACACAGCUCCGCCCCCCAUGGAAACGUCGCCAAAACGCCCAAGGGCCCAUCGCACGACGCGCACACAGACGCCGUACCAGUACCUCGUCGUGACGUUCGUGGCCCAAGACCCAGCACAACGUGCGCCGUCCGAGUUAUCGGUACGACAAGGACUUGCACAGGCCCUCGAGCAAAUGCAUGGCGUGGUCCAUGGAGCUGUAGCUCUCGAUGUGCUCUAUGCCGGGCCGCCGCAAGAGCCGACACCGCGCGUGGUAGGCGAGGCGGUGGUCCGCGUAGCCACCGAGCACAUGCCCACCCUCACAAGCGCUGUAUCGUCGAUUGCCGGGCCAGCCUUGCAUACCAUCACAGGGCAUCAGCCAGGUAUGCGUGUACAACUACGCACUGUAUCGCACAAUGUGGCGAUGACGCAGGGCGAUAGUCGCGCAUGGAUGAAGCAGUGGCAGGAGACGUCGUAG